UUUCAAGUUGACCUUUUGCUGCCAUUUGACCACGCAAACAUCCUACUCAUGGCCUCUUCCUGAAGGUGCUUUCACUUUUAUCUGAUUUUCAAUAUCUACUGUGCCGCCAGUGUGCACAGGUAGGGAGAAUGCCCCCAGGUCCUCUCUAUAACUGGAUCUGUGUCGCACACUCUGUCUGCGAUAUACUCUCACAUGCUGCGCAAAUACGAGCUGCACAGCUAGCAUCCGCAGCAAACUCUGCUAGAACGCCGAGGGAUAGUCUGCCAAGAAGAACAAGACCGCAGGAUGGUCGAGAAACCAAGGUGCUAAACGAAGAUCACUCUCAGAGUGUCGGACAGCAGCAGUUUGCCCGUACAUCUGCUCUACGAGACGAAGCUGUUUUUCCAAACAAUUUGUCUGGAGGAACCCCCUUGACACCGCAAUCUUCUACCGGGACGAGCGACUUCCCAUCUCCUGCAGCACAAGGUUCCAUUGCUACGGGAGUGCGGGAUGCAACCCUCGGAGAAGUCACACCAGAAACCGUCACCCAACUACUUGCACCGACGGAUGCGGUGCCUCAUGUCCCCACCUCGAGUACGCACGAUAUCGCAGCCAGCAAUUCGGUAAUAAUGAUGUCCUCAGAAGAUCCCUCACGAGAGGUUCUCGAAGCAGCUAUGGCCCGAGAGUCGUCCCCGGUCAUUGGCACAACCUCCGAGGUCCCUGCCCAUGACGUGCCUGCGACUACGGGCGUCCCGGAGGUAGCUGCAACUGCAUGUCCUCGUUUUGGUUUGCUUCGGUUUGUAACACUUAGUGCCCUCUCCGGCAGCCAGUCCCCGCAUCCCUGCCAUCCCGCCACCUGCAAUCCUCCCGGGUACCCUCUUCGCGCAUUGGACGGUUCUUCCACUACGGAGGUCUCGCAGCCUCACUCGGAUACGGAGCUGCUACUGAGCUCCUGAAACGCACCACUCACUCCGAUGAGAAACACUCGCCUUCGCUCAUGUUGACCGAGGGUAACAUCAAGCGGCUCGUCGCGAAGCUCACGCAGCUGCGCGGU